ACAGCUGAAGCUAUGGAGGAGUCCCGUGGGUAGCGUGUAUUAGUAUGAUUUGUGGUUACUCAGAACCCAUUUCCUCAAAUCAGGAUUACUUUUUGCAACAUUUACAGACAAUGCACAGCACAGCACCCAUAAUCUGCUGAUUAAAUGAUAUUAGCUGUAUCAUAUAUGUGCCAUCAUUAGAUGCAGGACUUUCAGGGUGUUUCUCGUUGUGUAGCUAGCAUGUGACCCGCCGUCGGGUGUCGGUUGUAACUUCACUCCACCUUCCCUCCACCAUAGCUGAGGCGUCCUGGUGUGUACACAAACCUUCACUAGAAGUGUCCUGUCCCCGAUUUACAAGUAAAGUCCUUUCAUUAUGGCACUGGCUGGAGUGAGAGUUAUUGAGCUGGCGGGCCUGGCUCCAGCACCAUUUUGUGGCAUGAUCCUGGCAGACUUUGGAGCCAAGGUGAUCCGUGUGGACCGGACCAAGGUUGCCAUGGCGAUGGACACACAAGCACGGGGAAAACGAUCUGUGGCCAUCAACCUGAAGACCGCAGAGGGCGUAGCUGUGCUCAGGAAGCUCUGUGUCCAGUCUGAUGUGGUCCUCGAACCCUAUCGUAAAGGUGUGAUGGAGAAGCUGGGCCUUGGUCCACAGGAGCUGUUAAAGGAAAAUCCUCGCCUGAUCUACGCUCGACUGACAGGGUACGGACAGAGUGGGUCUUACGCCACCGCGGCUGGCCAUGACAUCAACUACCUCGCCAUGUCAGGCCUUUUAUCCCGGCUGGGUCGAAGCGGAGAGAAGCCCUACGCUCCACUGAAUCUCGUGGCGGACUUUGCAGGUGGCGGUCUUACCUGUGCCCUGGGAAUAGUCCUGGCGCUGCUGGAGAGGACAAAGUCAGGGAAAGGACAGGUCAUCGAUGCUAGCAUGGUAGAGGGAGCUGCAUACGUGGGUUCAUUUGUAUGGAAAUCUCGUAGCAUUGGCAUGUGGGACCGUUCCAGAGGAGAGAACAUGCUGGACAGCGGGGCGCCCUUCUACGACACCUACGAGACUUCAGAUGGAAAGUACAUGGCUGUGGGUGCCAUAGAACCACAGUUUUACAGACAACUACUUAAAGGUUUAGAAGUGGAUGCUGGGGAGUUGCCUCCUCAGAUGAGCUUCAGUGACUGGCCAGAGCUGAGACGGAUAUUCACAGAGCGUUUUGCUUCAAAGACGCAGGCAGAUUGGUCAAGGAUUUUUGACGGGACUGAUGCCUGUGUUACUCCUGUGUUGUCUUUCGACCAAGUGAGCUCCCAUCCGCAUAACCAGGAAAGAGCUUCUUUCAUGAAGGACUCCAGUGGGGAGGAGAGCCCACGGCCAGCUCCGGUCCUCUCUCGGACUCCUGCCGAGCCCUGCCGAGCCUCCGACCCUGCUAUUGGAGAACACACAGUCAAGGUCCUAGAGGAGUACGGCUUUACAUCAUCAGAGAUAAACCAGAUGCUAGCUGCAGGGAUUGUAGAGUAUAAUGCUGUCAAGGCAAAGUUGUAGAGGAGCACAUGUCAGAGGUUUUUGAAAAUCCACACUUCCACCAUCUUUAAGUGUUGAGAUUAGUUGCAGACUGCAGUAUAUGGAAGAGAUGGGCCUUAAUAAGACCAAUCCUGCGCAGUGGAAUGAAAACCAAAAUAAGAUGGAUCCAGGUGAACUUUGAGUGAUUUAAGAUCUGCCUUCCAAAAAACACAACUGUUCAAGAAUCUAAGUAAAAGGGAAAGAAGGGAAAGGAAAAAUGCAUUUUCAUUAUGUAGAGAGACUGAACAGAAAUACUUCUCCAUCUUACCCAUUUGCAUCAAUUCUCUCAGUCUCUAGGAAUCUUAUGUACACAUGUUUUCAGUGUAGAUGUGCCUUGAUUGGAUAAGGUGAAAGGUCAUCCUGUGUGCCUUUAUGGUAAAUGGAUACAGUUUGAAUUAGUCAGUUGGUCAUACUUGUCAGUAUGUAUAGCUGUCUUCUUUAGUGCCACUACAGCCCACUGAAUGUUUGAUUUAAAAUCAGUCUUAAGAAGCUCUGCUACUAUGUACUGACAUGUGCUCCUUUUUCCAGCUCUGCACCAUUAGACCUGUCACAAACUCUACUACUACUGGUACAGCAACUAGGAAUCUCUGAUUUGUCAUAAAAAAAAAACAAAAAAACAUCAAUGAACUUAAAUAAAUCAUAAUCAUUUUUAAUUGAUUAAUCCAUUCACCACAUUAUGCAUCUUACCUGUCCAGGUCAUAUACUGCUUGGAUGGGCUAAUGCAGAAUUCUUGGACAUAUUUUCUCUUGGUUUCCCAUCAUACUUUCAUACUUCAGCUGAAACAGGUAGUAAGUUCCAUUCUAUGUGGUAUUAAAAAGGUCUUGGUGAAACCUACAGAGCCAUGUUUGUGGCUGUACUUUAACAUUAGAACUUUUUGUUACCUUUUAUUUUCUCUACGAUUACUUAUUCAUUUUUCCCAUCUCAAAGCACAGUGGCUGUCCUCUCCCUGUUUUUUGUUUAUUUUUUCUGUUGAUGUUGUGACAGUAGGAUAGUGAUUUUAUCCAUAGCACAGCAGGUUGGCAAUGAGUGCCUGAUUAACUGGUUGUAUUUUUUGAGCUGUAAUCACAUUUUAUACUCAUUCCUUUGUCUGACAACACAAACAGGAACAAAAAUACGCAAUGAGAGGAACUAAAUAAUGAAUUUAGCAGCAGGAAAACACAAGGCAGGUAAUUACAGAGAGCAGAAUAUAGAACAAAGGCACCUGUCUCUUAUUCCUCAAUAAAAUAAUUCUGCUCUAUGUGUCAAGGCAAAGGCAGAAUGUAAUGAAAUGCAUCAUAAAAUAUUUGAUUUAAGUCAGUUUUCAGUAACUACAGGCAGAGAUGCAAACUACUCAGAAACAUUAAGAAGAGCCACACUAUCAAAGACAAGAAGCCAAAAAUAAAUAAUUACAGAUGGCAGAGUGGGAAAAUAGAGGCGUGAAUGGGCAUAAGCUAAUAUGAUGCUAGAUGCCACAGAGGUUGCAUUUGCUCAUGUAAACUUAAAGUGCUACACAAGGAGUUUAAAGGAAUUUAUAACAUAAAUCAACAAAUCAGUUAUUUAUCCUGGAGAUUAUAAUUCAAGGUAUAAAACGUUAAUAAAGUGAUUUAUGCAUUAUUAAAAUGGAAAAAAAAGAGUCCUCAGGGGAAAAAACAGGUUGUUGGAGAUUUUUAAUGUGUUUACACCAUCAAUAAUGUUUGUAAUUUAUUCAGGUGGUGCCACCUGUGUUCGCAGUAGUUACUCCAUCACUUCACUGCAGCCCAGUGGUGCUGCCGAAGCUUUAAAUGAUUAAAUGUUCAGGCCCUGUUGGCUGUGAAUCCUAAUGAUAAUUAAUGAACUUCAUUCAUGUAAAUCAUAUGCACUAUGUGUAUGCUUUAAAGAUUUUUUUUUUCCUGGACAUGUAAGGAUUUUGUAAAAUAAGCUCAAUAAAAUGCGUUCCCUGUGUAGUUAAUAUGAGAUAAACAUGUGUGAAUAAUAGAGAGGCAGCAGCAUGACAAUGAACUAACAUGAGUCAGACUGACUUUGAACUGACUUUGUAGCUGAACAGUAAGCUUAUGGAUUUUGGGUAAUAGGAUACAGUGCAGAUUAUGGGUUUAUUCUGUGUAUAAUGCCAUGAUUCAAUUUGUUUUAAACUGUGUAAGGUCAGGAUGGAGAAAUUCAUAACAACAGUGCCUCAUCCGAAAACUGAAAUGUGGCUCUGAAAUAAGUACAAAGUAUAAAACCUAGGUGUGUUUUUAUUUGCUGCUUUUGCCGUAACAGACAUGAAUAAAAGAGUGCAUGUGCUAUUUCGAUUUCAAUUUGGAGGCAGCAUUGAGCUGAAAUGUGCAAAAGUUUAAAAGGUCAGUUCUCAUUUGCCCCUGGUGGUAUCCAGCCAUACAUGGUUUCCUUGAGACAUCAUUCUCUGAGAUGUGAGGAAUUUGUGGUGUUCAAAUAUAUGAAAAAAUGGCCUGUGUCUUUUCUUAUGGAUAACCACCAUGGUGCAUGAUCCACAGACUUAGCCAUGAUUCGUUAGAACUAUUCUUUACUGAAGAAAUCUAUGGACGUAUUAACCUUUAAAGAUGGUCUUGAGUCAGCUGGGCCAGUUUACUGACUUUUUCUAUGUGGACUCAUACUUUUGUAAUGUAGAUUUUUGAGUGUUGAUGUGGUAGAAAGGUGUUACUAAUAAAUGUCAUUAUUAGCA